CUAAAAAGUGUUACCCCAUUUCGACAAUCGUUACUUCACGCAGACUACUUUAACGUACCUGUGAAGCCGUGACGUAACACCCGGAAUCGCAAUUCACGUAACCGACAAAAAAAUCGGUAUAUAUAUCUCGACGAACCAGCACAUCACCAAUCUCCUCUCAUCACCUGAGUAUUCCACAAGUCGGGGAUUCGCUUUCAGCUCACACUAACCAGCAGCAUGAAUAAGUCCGUCAUCUUGAUGGUUUUACCCUGCGUGAUCGCACUGGCCGUUGUCGUGGUUGAAGGACUGUAUUAUUAUCCAGGAUCACAGACUUCAGCCCUUGGAGGACUUGGCGGCGGGUAUGGAGGACUUGGCGGCGGGUAUGGAGGACUUGGUGGCGGGUAUGGAGGACAAGGGAACUAUGCUAGUAGACAGGCCUACCAACAAAGAUACCUCCAAGAGUGGUACCAGACCCGCCAACAGAGAAACCAGCUGAACAAACUCGCCAAACAAUCCGCCUUCUCAUCCUUUGUUAACUACAUUCCUCUGGUCCUUCUGUUGACCGCCUUGACCAACAACACGGCUCUCCCCAUUAUUGGUUAGACUCCAUAUAAACUGCUGAGUGGGGGAAGCGUAAGCAACUAACAGGGGUAAGACGACCAGAUCAGUAGGGAUGUGCUGUAUUUUGAUUGUUGAAUAAAAUGUAUAAAACUUAUA